CAGACCCAGAGGAGAGGCACCGGGAGGCCGAGAACCGGAGCAUGGGCCACCCGUUGCUGCCGCCACCUACGCUGCCGCUGCUGCUGCUGCUGCUGCUUCAGACCUGCAUUCCAGGUAGGGGCUGGGUGCCCCCGCCCUGCAACACCGCUGCUGCGAGCAGGGUCGGAUGGGGACGUGGGGCAGAUUCUGGUGAGUUGGAGCCGGAAGGUUCGGUUCUCAGCACUGAGAAGAAGAAUCCUCCUUAGACCCCACGUGGCUCAGUACCUGGUACACCGUAUGCGCUCAGGAAAUCCUAAAGCCUCCUGGGGCCUGCGGUGCCUGCACUGUGACAGCAGCGGGUGCCACCAGGUGGAAGAGUGUGCCCUUGGCCAAGACCUCUGCAGAACCACAGUCCUGCACAUAUGGGGAAGUGAAGAAGAGUUGGAGGUGGUGGAGAGAGGCUGUGCCCACUCAGAGAAAACCAAUAGGACCAUGAGCUACCGUGCCGGCUCGCAGAUCAUCAGCCUUACGGAGACCGUGUGUGGAUCCAACCUGUGCAACCAGCCCAAAUCUGGCCGGGCGCGCACCUUUCCCUAUGGCCGUUUCCUUGAGUGUGUCUCCUGCACCUCAUCAGACAUGAGCUGUGAGAGGGGCCGGGAGCAGAGCCUGCAAUGCCGCUACCCUGGAGAACAGUGUAUUGAGGUGGUGACCCACGACCUGGAAGGAAACACAAAGGAUGAGCAACACUCCCGGGGCUGUGGCUACCUUCCUGGCUGCCCAGGCCCCACUGGCUUCCACAACAACCACACUUUCCACUUCCUGAAGUGCUGUAACACCACCAAAUGCAACAGGGGCCCAGUCCUGGAGCUUCAAAACCUGCCACCAAAUGGCAUCCAGUGUUAUAGCUGUGAGGGCAACAGCACCCACGGAUGUUCCUCCACAGAGACUUCCCUUAUCGACUGCCAUGGUCCCAUGAAUCACUGUCUAGAAGCCACGGGCACUAAUGGGCUGGAGAGUCAGAGCUACACCGUAAGAGGCUGUGCGACUGCCUCCUGGUGCCAGGGCUCCCACGUGGCGGACGCCUUCAGCCUGACCCAUCUCAAUGUCUCCUGCUGUUCCAACAGUGGCUGUAACCACCCAGUCCAAGAUGGCCAGUACCGCAGUGGUGGUGCCCCCCACCAGCCUGGCCCUGCCCACCUCAGCCUUACCAUCACUCUGCUGGUGACCAUGAGGCUAUGGGGAGGUGUUCUUCUCUGGACCUGAACCCCAAGCCCCUACCCUGGCUGGACCCGGGGUGGCGCUAUUCCCUUACCUCAGCUCCCGUCCCUGCAGACUUGGGUGCCAGUGUGCUGUCCUCUCCGGGCCUGGCCUUGGCUUUCCCAGCUCAGAAGACAUCUCACUAACUUUUCCUGAGAACUAUGGGAGAAAAGUUGGGGAAAACUACAGGUGCAGGAGAGCCCUUGGUUUUAUUAAUAUUUUUGCUACUAUUAUUGUUAUUUCAAUUAAUAUUCAUAUUAUUUAUUUUGUAUGUAAAUAAAUUUUUUAAUAGUGUA